GUAUAUAAGAGAAGAGUGAGGUAACCGAGCUGAGCGGCAGAGGCAGAACGAGGCGUGAGAGCCGAGCAGACGGAUGCAGGAGAGUUGAGGGAGUGAGUCAAGUAGGGAAGUGUGUGUGCAAGGCAGUAAAACGGGGCCCUCAUGUAGACGGCAUGGAGUUGAGCAAGAGGUGUUUUUAAAAGUGGACUUGGAAAGGAAAGAGAGGAGUUAGAGGAGGGGUGGGGUGCUGUUGUGAGCGUAUCCUCGAGCCAGGCUGUACUACAAGCCAGGAAAAGGGGAAGGGCCUCCAUCUCAAAAACAGCUGCCCUGCCCGUGUGGAGCCCCAUCGGGUGAGACUGUUGGCAGAAGUGAGGGGACAGGAGUUGUCCACCUACAUGGGUUGCGUCCUGAGCUCGGAUUGGUGUGGGGAGGACGUGGUGCAAGCCGUCCCAGUGGUCAGGAGCCCCUCUGUGAAGACUAAGAGCCUGGAGAGGAGUGACAGUGGAAGGAUGAGACUGAUGAAGGCAGCGAAGGGGGAGCCUCACGCCUUCAAGGAGAAGACCUUCAAGAAGAGGCGUCAGUGCAGCGUGUGUCACCAGAACUUGGACAACAUAGGCUACUUCUGCAGAGUAUGCAAGAUAGCCACUCACAGAAAGUGCGAGGCCAAGGUGACCACAGCAUGUAACCCAGCUCCUGCCAAUGACCUGCGAAGAGGGACCGCUCCAUCUCGAAAUGCCCAACACUUGGGCUCCACCAAAUCUUUGACAUACACCAAGCAGAGAAACACCCUGCCCAGGAGCUUCAGCGUGGACCGUGUGAUGGAGCGGGUGAUGGAGCGUCACUAUGACUUCGACCUCACCUACAUCACAGAGAGGAUCAUCUCUGUCUUCUUCCCACCGAAGCUGGAAGAGCAGAGGUACCGACUCAAUCUGAAAGAGGUGGCCGCCAUGCUGAAGUCCAAGCAUCAGGACAAGUUUUUGCUCCUCAAUCUUUCCGAAAGGCGCCAUGAUAUGAGUCAACUAAAUCCAAAGGUUCACGACUUUGGCUGGCCAGACCUCCACGCCCCGCCUCUGGAUAAGAUCUGCGCCAUAUGCAAGGCCAUAGAGACGUGGCUGACCUCUGACCCACAGCACGUGGUGGUCCUGCACUGCAAGGGUAACAAAGGCAAAACAGGAGUUAUCAUCGCAGCCUACAUGCACUACAGCAAGAUCUCAGCAGGGGCGGACCAGGCUCUCAGUACUCUGGCCAUGAGGAAAUUCUGUGAAGAUAAGGUGGCCUCUUCCCUCCAGCCAUCACAAAACAGGUAUAUCUAUUACUUUGGGGGUCUUUUGUCCGGAGCUAUCAAGAUGAAUAGCAGCCCCCUCUUCCUCCACCAGGUUCUCAUUCCAUCCCUGCCUAACUUCCAAGGAGAAAGAGGUUACUACCCUUUCCUGAAGAUCUACCAAUCCAUGCAGUUGGUCUACACGUCAGGCAUAUAUGACCUACAAGGAAGUGGAGGAAGGCGACUUUGCGUGACCAUCGAGCCAGCGCUGCUACUUAAAGGUGACAUCAUGGUCAAGUGCUAUCACAGGCGAGCCCAGACUGCUGACAGGGACGAUGUGUUCAGGCUGCAGUUCCACACCUGCACCAUUCAUGGAGCUCAGCUAUGGUUUGGCAAAGGGGAACUAGAUGGUGCUUGCACAGAUGAGCGUUUUCCAUCUGAUGCCACAGUGGAGUUUGUCUUUUCCACUGGACCUGAGAAGAUCAAAGGUCGCGAGUACCACAAAAACGACCCGGCUGUCACCGUGGAUUACAACACCGCUGACCCAGUAGUCCGCUGGGAUUCUUAUGAGAACUUCAACCAGAGAUACCAGGACAGUCUUGACGAUAUCGCCCACACAAGAGGCCCCCUGGAUGGGAGUCUCUACGCUCAGAUAAAGAAGCGCCGGGGUCCAAGUUCUGGUUCUCUCUCUUCAACCAAUGGCAGCAGCCCUCGAGAGGAUGAUCAACCUGACCGUUUUCUUCCUCAACGUUCCGACUCCGCUCUCUCCGCCCAUUCCAGCCCUUUCAAUCAAUCAUUCAUCCACCCAGACCACCACGAUGAGCCGAUACGCCCACCGCCUCCCACCAGACAAGAGCGAGAGGAACUUGAGCGUCUUCUCGGAGGCAUUGAAGGAAGUGGGGAUGCAGAGCGAGAGACCGCCAUUUUAGAUGAUGGCGAUUCCUCACCCUCGGAACGGAAUGGGACACCGAGGCUUGGUCGGUCCUGUUCCUGCCGGGAUGGAUACCGGUCCCAACGAUGUGCAGAACCUGGAUGCGACCGCACUCUCCUCAUGCCGAAUGGUUAUUGUCUUGAUCGGGCACCCGGCACCAACGGGCACCACGGGGCAACUCCUUCUCCCAUCGCUAACUCAGCUGCUCCCCCCUCACACAUGGACCUUUGCCAGCACUACAGUCCACAUCCACAUCAUUCCCUCCCGCCUCCGGAUCUAGUGUGGGACCGACAGAGUAGCCAGCAACACUUCCUGCACCGCUCCUUCUCCGAAGCACCCUCGUCACGUCACCACUGCCCUUACCCUCCUCUCGACCCUCACGGCCACCCCCAUCACCACCCUGUGUCCGCACCGGCUCGCCUCUGCUGCCGAGAGGAUGACUACAGCCCCUACCAUCAUCUUCUUCCGCAUCAUCACCACCAUUCCCACCCCAAAUCCACUGGCAACCCAUCCUACCAUGACAUGAUGCUACUAGACAGUGCGUCUCCCUCUGGCUGCCCGUGCAGGGACUGCAGCAUAAGAAGAGAAGACGCGGUGGCUUAUCACAGCUUGAGGCUGGACCGCGGUGACGGCUUCCAGUGGGACAGAGAGGGCGAGAUGGGCCUACGAAGAGCCCGGGAAACAGAGUUAGCACGAGGAAACUCCGAGAUCCACUGGGAGAGGCGAGGCCGGGAGUUGUCCCUCCCUUGGGAGCAAGACAGAGAGGCGGAGCUUCAGUGGGAAAGAGAGAGGGAAGCAGACUACUGGCACAGGAGGGAUGCCAUAAACUCCUACGGCCCACAAAGUCACAAUCAUUCUGCCUUCACCUUUGACCCCUUGCCGUCGUGCCACCCCGCAUAUCCUGAGGCGUCACGUUCCCACGCUCAUUCCCACCUAGACCUCAAGUACAGCAGCAGCAGCAGCGGCUACCAGACACCCCGACAGGCGUGUCCCUGCUCGCCUUACCAGCCGUCGCCGUCCGAAAGCAGGGGCUACGCAUCAGGCUACCAGUCCGAGUCCACUUCGCCGCUUCCUCCCGCUUCAUCCGUCACGGGUCCCUGCAGCCAUAGCAACGGGUCAUCUGAGCAUAAUCACAACUACCACCGUCACCAUCCAGACGUGCCACAAUCAUACGGCUCUGACUCACACACUGAUGGCCUGCGGAACUCUGGUGAAUGCGUGGGUUGGAGGGAUCACAUCACCAACGGUUCCUUCAAGAGGGCGCACAGAGAUGGCCACGGUGCUUCUUCCACUCCAUCAGACAUGUCUGGACCGUCCACACCCGUCCACACUAGCAGUCCUCCAAGCACACAGGAAAGUCCCAGUCCAGGUAGAGAACACGACAUCCGUAAAACAGUCAUCAGCAGUGACUACGUGGCAUCCCAACCUCAGAAUGGACACCAUUCCUCUGAUAAUGUUGUCCAGCAGUCCACGGAAACGUCGUUAAUAAGCAGCACUGACUCAUCAUCGCCACAUGCAGACAAACCGUCACACUCAGAACCGCACAACCACUGCAAAGCACCAACCGUCCCGUGCCCGACAACACAACAGCAGCACUGUUGCUACGAGGUGCCAUCAUCAACACCCAACGCUGUUGCCUCACCUUCGUCGGACCACCACACCCAACCUCCCACUCUGGAGAAUCACCCAUCAGAAGCUGCAGCUGUGCCGUCUUCUGCGACACAGGCAGUGUGUCAUCCUCCCAGCCAGACUCAAACCACCAACACACAAGUCAAUGGAUGUUCUUCCCCACCCACAGAAGCACCCAAAAUAUCCAGCACCUCCGAUUCUCCAAGUGCACCCAUAUCUCCAACUUCAACAUCAUCUUCCGUCCAAGCUGCAUCCAGUAGCAUGGAUGGCUCCCCUGUUUCUAGUAGUCCAGUUCCUGGUUUUGCCACACUGGGUCGGAAGCUAAUGAUGAGCGGUUCUGACCUCCACCACCAUUCCACACCCACCCCUCACCACCACUACCCAGGCAUGGAGCACAAUCCCGCUACGGACACCAACAAGAAGCACCAUUACCCCCCUGCUCACCCACUACAUCUCCACCCAUCAUCCAGUUCCAGCUACUCUACCAUCACCAUCCCACUUCCUCACCCUCAGCCACCCCUGCCGGAGAAGAGACACCCACCCGUGUCGCCUGGCCCACCAAGUGAUGAGGCAGAAGCUGAAAAACCAGCCAUGAGCACGUCUGGCAACACUCAGCAUCAGCACCACGUUACUUUCUCGCCCACCGUAGGGGAAAUCGCACCGCUUGAGAGUGAUAUCAUCGGGUCUGAGGAGCCUGAGGAUGGGAAUAGAGUCAGUGUGAAGUUUGUCCAGGAUAGUUCGAGGUUCUGGUACAAGCCUGGCAUCUCCAGGGAACAAGCAAUUGCUGCUUUGAAGGGGAGAGACCCUGGAACCUUCCUGAUCCGGGAUAGCAAUUCCUUUCAGGGGGCGUAUGGUCUAGCACUGAAGGUGGCCACACCUCCUCCUAAUGUCCACAACCAUAGCAGCAAAGUGGGCGACCCCCUGGAACAUUUGGUGAGACACUUCCUCAUUGAAACAGGCCCUCGAGGAGUGAAGAUUAAAGGGUGUCAGAAUGAGCCGUACUUUGGAAGUCUGUCUGCAUUGGUCUAUCAGCACUCCAUCACGCCCAUCUCUUUGCCCUGUGCACUGAAGAUCCUCGAAAAAGAUUUGAUCGGGGAUGUGCAGGAGGUUCAGCCUGUGAGUAACAUCAGCACCGCUGCUGACCUCCUCAAGCAAGGAGCAGCCUGUAACGUCCUCUACCUGAACUCUGUGGAAACGGAGUCUCUGACUGGGCCUCAGGCCAUCGCCAAGGCAACAGAUGCUACACUGGGCCGCAGCCCUCGCCCCGCUGCCACAGUAGUCCAGUUUAAGGUGACAUCACAGGGCAUCACACUGACGGACAGCCAGCGCAGGGUUUUCUUCCGCAGACAUUACCCAGUGAACAGUGUCACCUUCAGCAGCGUUGACCCCAACGACAGGAGGUGGACUAACUCAGACAACACCACUGUUAAAGUUUUUGGUUUUGUCGCCAAGAAGCCAGGCAGCUUAGCGGAGAACGUCUGCCACCUGUUCGCCGAGCUGGACCCUGAACAACCCGCCGCGGCCAUCGUGAACUUCAUCAACAAGGUCAUGUUGUCGCAGCGGCGGUAGAUGUCACAGCGAUUAUUAUAUUGCCUUGUUACAGUAGGAAUGUUACAUUUUUUAAAAGGCGCCACAUCGUCCUCUAUCGACCCGUAUCACAAAGCUGCUUGGCUAGUAUGUCGCCAUGGUAACACAAAGCAUGAAGAUGAUUCAAAAGAACAUUUAACAUUCCUUCCAGGUUAAAAUAUCAUUAAAUAUCAUAAAUGCAGUAGAACCAAUACAUUUAGUGAAGCAGCUUUGUGAUUCCACUUGCAUAGGAUGAUGAUGAUGAUGAUACAGGGUUAUAUAAUCAGUCUAGCUAGUGCAUUAGUAGCAUCACAGACUGUUAACACAUCAUAACAGGAAGUAAACAAGACCAAAGACUAUUAUGUUGUUUAGUUUCGCAGUACCCACGCAGGGGUGGGGUUGCGAGGAGAAGGGGGGUGGGGUGGGGCUUUCCAUCAUCGAGUCCACUUGUGUAACUACGACAAUCCUGUUUAUCCCCCCCCACUCAUACACUGUUCAUGACGACAAGUGGAGAAGCCGGGGAGCGCAAACAGUCAUGUUAACUUCCUUUAACCAAGUGUGUGUGUGUGUGUGUGUGCGCGUGUGUAUGUAUGUAGGAGGCGAUUUGAAAGUAUUCAGAUGUGUGUCGCUCAUAAUUGAAAGGAACGUAAGUGAAACGAGUGGGGGAAAAAGGCGACCUAAGGAAAAGCGUACAGUGUUAUUGUACAGUUAUUUUAGUGACUUAUUAAGUCAAAACAGCGGCCAAAAGAAAUGUACUUAACCAAAGAUGAAGCACUCUUUGUAUGAAUUAAUAAGCUUUUUAUUCAGCUAUAUUUUUGUACUUUAACGCCUUCUUGUAUCUCAGCUCCGCAUUUAUAUUAGUGAGAAAACACUAUGUUUAUUACAGCAAUAAUAUAUUGUGGUCUUUGUAUUUACCUCCGUGUUGAUCUCUGUAUUAUGUAGUAAUAUAUUUUCACAUGCAGCUAUAGGACCAUGUAUGAGACAUACAGUAAUAAGGAAAGUGUUUUCUUCAAAAAGGAUAUUCUGCUAUUUUGUAUGCAAAAAAAAAACAAGGAAGAAUAGAAUAAAGUGAUAAUGAUGUGGUACCUUACAUUGUCAUUCAUGGAAUAUUAUAACAAGGUUUAUUCACAGUUCCUUUAAUGCUUCUUUGGAGGAAAUCACACAGGCAUUUAUUAUUAAAAAAAAUCAAAACAAAUAUAUAUAUAGUUUUUUAUACAAACAGCAGAAAAAAAUCAUCUAUAAAUCUAUACAAGACAUGGCUAAUGGCUUAAAGAUACCAUCCAAAACAGUUGAAAUGCACUUCAUGAGGCAGGAGUGUAGCUUCACUUCAUCUACAUAAAAUCGCCUUAGUUAAAUGUGCAUCAGUAAAAACAAAAUGGUGCAAGAAGUGCUUUUCAUAUAGCUACGUAAACAACACAGCAGUUUGUACCAAGGCACUUGGAAAAAUACUACAGUUGCAGUCCUGGAUUCUCAACACAUGCCAGUGCAGCGUUAAAUAAGGCC